GAGAGGUUUUAAACAAAGCUGUUAUCCCAUAUGAGGAUCUAGCACGUACUUUUUUCUUUAUGAGAAAAGGUCAUCAUAUACCAAGUUGUCGACCGUAUCAAAAAGUAGCAAUUAUUGUUCCAUACAGAAAUAGAGAACAGCAACUUAAAAUCUUCUUUAACAAUGUUCUGCCACGAAUAUAUCGCCAAAAACAAGAAUUUGGAAUAUAUCUUGUAGAGCAGGCAGAUGACUACCCGUUUAACAGAGGAAUGUUAUCAAAUAUUGGAUAUGAGCAUGCAAUGCAGGAUGAUAUGUAUUCGUAUGAUUGCAUUGUAAUCCAUGACGUCGAUCUGCUGCCAGAAGACGACAGAAAUUUGUAUUUCUGUAAUGAUAAAGUAGCUUACCAUUUAGCUGGUAAAAUGGAGAGAAAAAAUUAUAGCAUGAUUUAUCCCGGAUUUUUUGGUGGUAUCUCUUCGGUAUCAACAAAACAGUAUAAGAUGUGUAAUGGUUUUUCUAAUGCUUUCUUUGGAUGGGGAGCAGAGGAUGACGAUUUCAAAAGAAGAUUGAACAAUGCCGGAUUUCAUAUCAGCAGACCGUUAGAAAAGUUUUCUCACUGUGGUGAUGUUGAACAUAUAAAGGCAGAACCAGCAAAGCAGAGGUUUAAAGUGUAUCGAAAAGUUGGACGAACAUGGAAGUUUGAAGGUUUGAAUAGCUUGCAAUAUCAGCUAAUAAAAAAAGAAAGGAAGCAGUUGUAUGUCUGGAUUUAUGUCAAAACUAAAUAUGUGAUAGUAUAAAUGUUUUUUUACAACACAUCUUAAUAGAAUGAUAUCGAUAAAAACAAAACAAAAUAUUUACUUUAAAAAGAUUUACACAUAAGGAUUGUGGUGGAGGCUGGUGUUUCAAAAAUAAUAACAGAUAUGAAUGUUUCUGUUGUUUUUAUUAGUGGAAAUAUAUAGGCGAGUGACAUUAUCCAUAAAAGUUUAUUUUAAUGCACACA